GCGGGCGGUUUCGCGCCGCAGCCAGCCUGGUUGCAGGGCGACCGUGGGUCUCGUGAACCGGGGCGGGCCGAGAGGCGCCGGCCAAUCGCCAGCGCGGAGCCGGCCUGAGGACGGGGCCUGCGCCGGCUCAGCCAAUCGGCGGUGGGGGAGGAGGUGGGCAGCGCGCAGUGGCCGGCCGAGCGGACAGAACGGGCUGACAGACGGCCUCUCGGCGGUCGCGGUGAUGGCGACUGCGAUGGCAGCGACGGCGGCGGAGCGGGCGGUGCUGCAGGAGGAGUUCCGCUGGCUGCUGCACGACGAGGUGCACGCCGUGCUGCGGCAGCUGCAGGACAUCCUCAAGGAGGCCUCUCUCCGCUUCACUCUGCAGGGCUCGGGCGCCGAGGGGCUGGCCAAGCAGGAGAACUUCAUCCUGGGAAGCUGUGGCACAGACCAAGUGAAGGGCGUGCUGACUCUGCAAGGGGAUGCCCUCAGCCAGGCGGACGUGAACCUGAAGAUGCCCCGGAACAACCAGCUGCUGCACUUUGCCUUCCGGGAGGACAAGCAGUGGAAGCUGCAGCAGAUCCAGGAUGCCAGGAACCACGUGAGCCAAGCCAUUUACCUCCUUACCAACCGGGACGAGGGCUACCAGUUCAAGACAGGAGCCGAGGUCCUCAAGCUGAUGGAUGCUGUGAUGCUGCAGUUGACCAGAGCCCGCAACCGGCUCACCACCCCAGCUACCCUCACCCUGCCCGAGAUUGCGGCCAGCGGCCUCACGAGGAUGUUUGCCCCCGCCCUGCCCUCCGACCUGCUGGUCAAUGUCUACAUCAACCUCAACAAGCUCUGCCUCACAGUGUACCAGCUGCACGCCCUGCAGCCCAAUUCCACCAAGAACUUCCGCCCAGCUGGAGGCGCCGUGCUCCACAGCCCUGGGGCCAUGUUUGAGUGGGGCUCCCAGCGCCUGGAAGUGAGUCAUGUGCACAAGGUGGAAUGUGUGAUCCCUUGGCUCAACGAUGCCCUCGUCUACUUCACUGUCUCCUUGCAGCUCUGCCAGCAGCUCAAGGAUAAGAUCUCCGUGUUCUCCAGCUACUGGAGCUACAGACCCUUCUGAGUGCAGCACCCCAGGAGCCUGUCCUCUGGGAACUGGCCCCUGCCCAGGAGUCCCUGUCCCCCACAUAUGCCCAUCCCACAGUGCUGGCCAGAGCCAGAGCCGGGCACUUCGGGCUAUUUAUCUCCCUCUCCACCCCGCUCUGGAUGACACAUCUGCAUCGAUGGGCAUGAACGCUGGAAGUGCUGGGAGGAAGGGAUGCUGGUUUGGUGUUUUGGGGCCCUCCUGGGAUCCACAGGAACCUUCGGACUCAAGGUGGGGCCAGGCCCACGGCUCUCCUUCCUCUCCCCCUUCCCUGCCCCCAGGAUGGCGAGUGCCUUGCUGGAGGGUAAGGGGUGGGCUUUGGCACUAAGCCUGAGUUGGGAGGAGGGAGGACAAGCUGGGCAGAGGGAGCUGCCCCCUUCAGUGAGCCACAGAGCCAGUUGUCUGCGUGCUCUGCAACCCCCCAGGGCCUCUAAAACAUAAAGAUCAUCACACUUUGCCUGGA